AUGCCCGUGGCAGAAUUGCUAGUUGACUCAGCUGUAGGAUAUGAAUAUCUUAGCAUGCUUGAUGGUUAUUCCGGGUAUAACCAAAUUUUCAUUGCAGAAGAGGAUGCUGGAGAUUUUCUGGGCUUUGUGGUCCACAAAAAGGGGAUAGAGAUUAAUCAGAAUAAAACAAAGGCUAUCAUGGAGACCAAAGCACCAUCAACUAAGAAAGAGUUGCAAUCUUUAUUACGGAAGAUAAAUUUCCUGAGGAGAUUUAUUUCAAAUUUAAGUGGUCGAAUUCAAGCCUUCUCUCCUCUUUUGCGUCUGAAGCAUGGAAAUUUCGAGUGGACAAGUGAACAUCAAGAGGCAUUCGAAAAGAUAAAGCAGUAUCUGAUGAAUCUACCUAUCUUGUCACCACCAAGUGGAAAGAAGCCUAUGAGAUUGUAUAUAUCAGCUUCAGACACUUCUAUGGGUAGUAUGUUAGCGCAAGAAGAUGAAAAUGGCACUGAGAGGGCCAUAUAUUACCUAAGUAGGGUAUUAAAUGAUGCAAAAACUAGAUAUACUUCGAUUGAGAAGUUGUGCCUAUGUUUGCAUUUUUCAUGUACUAAACUCAAAUAUUAUAUAAAGCCAAUAGAUUUGUAUGUCUCUUCCUAUUUUGAUGUUAUCAAGUACAUGUUAUCAAAGCCAAUAAUGUACAGUCGAAUUGGAAAAUGGGCUCUAGCCCUAACUGAGUACUCUUUAGCCUUCUUGCCUUUGAAAGCUAUGAAGGGGCAAGUAGUCUCAGAUUUUAUAGUAGAUCACGCAGUGGUUGAGACUCCUCAACUCCUAGUUGAGUUGAAGCCUUGGAGAUUAUUCUUAGACGGUUCCACCCAUAAAGAAGGCAGUGGAGUUGGGAUUCUACUGAUUUCGCCUGAUGGAAUUCCAACAAAACUCAAGUAUAGAAUCGAAGGACCUUCAUGCUCUAACAAUGAGGCAGAAUGCGAAGUCUUAAUAGCAGGACUUGAAGCCUUGUUGGAAUUGGGGGAAAACCUGGGUCGAAAUCAAGGGUUGCUAAAAAAUAUUGAAUACAUAGAUAUAAAACAUGUCCCUAGAAUUAAAAAUCAAGAGGCUAAUGAUCUAGCACAGAUAGCUUCAGGAUAUAAGAUCUCAAAGGAGAAGCUAGAGGAAUUGGUUGAAGUAAGAGGGAAAGCAAGGGCAAUUAAACUAUCUCCAAGUGACUUGGAAAGAAAUCGUUUAGGUUAUGCUAACGAAGAAGAGUUCGAAGUGUUGGCUAUCGAUACUUUAACAAACACAGAUUGGAGAACUCCAAUUUUAGAGUAUCUUAAGGACCCUCCGUUAAACACGGACAGGAAAACCAAGUAUAGAGCUUUGUCGUACGGUUUGAUGGGAAAUGAGCUAUUCGAGAAAACUCCUGAAGGCAUUUUAUUAAAAUGUUUAGGUGAGAAUGAAGCGUACUUGGCAUCAUCUAACGUUCAUAGUUGA